AACGUUAUACAAUAAAAGGGUGGCUGUCUUCUUUAUCUUGUCAAUUUCGAAGCGAGAAGGGGGAGAAAAUGGAGGCACUGAUUUGCAGGAAACUGGGUGAUCCGGCCGUGCUGGCGUCAGAUCCCCCAGCUGUAUUGAGCAAGAGUGAACCGAUACCACAACUGAACUCGCCGACUGCGGUGAGGGUACGAGUGAGAGCAACCAGCUUGAACUACGCCAAUUAUCUCCAGAUUCUGGGCAAAUACCAAGAAAAGCCUCCUCUCCCUUUCAUCCCCGGCUCCGAUUAUUCAGGCGUCGUCGAAGCCGUCGGCACCGCCGUCUCCAAAUUCAAGGUUGGGGAUCGCGUUUGCUCCUUCGCUGCCCUCGGCUCCUUUGCUCAGUUCAUUGUCGCCGAUCACUCCGACCUGUUUCUGUUACCGGAGGGAUGUGAUUUGGUGGCUGCUGCUGCACUACCUGUGGCAUUUGGGACUUCCCAUGUAGCUCUUGUUCAUAGAGCUCAAUUAGGUUCUGGUAAGGUAUUGCUGGUUCUUGGUGCCGCAGGAGGGGUCGGUCUUGCAGCUGUGCAGAUUGGCAAGGUCUGUGGUGCCAUAGUUAUUGCAGUAGCAAGGGGUGCUGAAAAGGUGAAUUUUUUGCGCUCCUUGGGAGUGGAUCAUGUGGUGGACUUGAGUAGCGAAUCUGUGACUUCAAGCAUCAAGGGUUUCCUCAAGGCAAAGAAGCUUAAAGGGGUUGAUGUUUUGUAUGAUCCUGUUGGUGGAAAGCUCACCAAAGAAACUAUGAAGCUUUUGAAUUGGGGUGCUCAGAUUUUGGUCAUUGGCUUUGCCAGUGGUGAAAUCCCUGUCAUCCCUGCAAAUAUUGCUUUGGUCAAGAACUGGACCGUGCAUGGACUAUAUUGGGGAAGUUACAAAAUUCAUCAACCAAAUGUGCUCGAGGAUUCCAUUAUGGAGCUACUCUCUUGGAUGGCAAAAGGCUUGAUCACAAUCCAGAUUUCUCAUACUUACUGUCUGUCAGAGGCUAGUCUGGCUUUUGCUGCUAUUAAAGAGAGGAAAGCAAUUGGGAAGGUGUUGAUUGCCUUUGAUGAAGAUGCAAGAUCUAAGCUUUAACUUGACAAAGAUACAGCCAGAGUGGGUUGGAGACAUGUUCACCAUAAAGCCGAAAUAAGAAAGGAUGUUUAUUGGCAAUAAGGGAGUUGCAAGCUAUGUACUUAGCAGAGUGAAUGCUGAAUUGUUAUGUUUGAAACAAAUAGGAACUUCCUUGAGCAAAUCAAAUUACAGCUUUAAUAUUGUAGCAAGAUUUCUGCUACGCUGCUUAUUAACAUUAGCAAGCUAUUUGUAUAGCAAUGUUUCUUAUGAUAUGUACUACAAAGUUGAUCCUUUA